UUAUCAGUUUGGCGUGGCUGUGGUCUGUGGUAGCGGCACGUGUUCACCACAAAAUGAGCGAAAUACCUGUCAGGAGGCGAUCUAGAGAGGAAAGAGAAGCUUCAAAUGUAAGGAGUGGUGGUGAUGGCACUGGUGUGCCUGGAGCAAGUGUCAAGGUGGGAGAAGACUAUGGAUCAGACCUUUUUAAGUCUGAUGAUGAUGAUGAUGGCUGUGAUUAUGUCCAGCCCACAGACAGCAGCAGCAAUGAUGAAUCAAGUGAUAAGUGUGCAAGAAAUCCUCCCUGUGGCUCCACAGUGCCUGCCAUGACCAGGGUGCCUCAGGAAGCAACUACUUUUUCAGUGGUCCCAGUCUUGGUGAGAGAAGAUUGUGGAUCAGACCUUUUUGAGUCUGAUGAUGAUGUGGCUGACCAUAAUUAUGUCCAGCCCUCACAAUUCACCAACAGCAAUGACUUCAGGUGGUCACUGGAGCUGCUUCACACUGCCAUCCGCGAGCACCGGUGGGACAAUGCCUUCAGGUUCCUGCCGUGUGUCAUCACCCACACAGCACCACAUCUUCCCCUGGAGUUCCUGUUGCGGGUGACGGACGUCAUCACCAGAAAUGUCCCAAGUCUGUCUGUGGAUGACAGAAAAAAAUUCAGGUCCAUUCUUCAUGGUAUGAAGUUAGAGACAUCAGUGUUUCAUGACAUUUUAUCACAAGAUCUUGCAGAAGCAACAGACAGAGAUGCUGAUGGACUAUUGCAGAUGAUAGAGGACAUCCAGAACCAGAGGCAGCCUCCAGCACAGGGGAUUGAGACAAGGACAGACAAGCGCUUCAAGGCCCUUUCUGAUGGCUACAUUGGUCUGGUGCACUACCACCGCUGGAAGAGCUCCUUGCUGAAUGCCACAGCAGCCUCCCUGCCACUGGACGAUGAUUUCUGCUCAGUGAGCAUCUGUGGAAGUCAAGGAACAGGAAACACUGACAAGAAAGAGAUUGUCAGAACAGCUCACUCAUUCCUGAAGAAAGCUUUCAAUGGUCUUAUUGAACCUUGUGACUGGUUCAUGCUGCAAUUCCUGGAGCUGGAGAAGGAGCUGUACGGACAGGAGUCGGCCAUUAGUGUGUUGGAGCGGUACAAGAGUGACCCUUGCCAUGCCCCAGCACAUCACCUCGCCUACCACUUCUACAAGAACCUGGUUCCAGGAUCAGUCAUGGAGCAACUAAUGGAGCUGGAGCACAUCAGUAGAGCGUGUCCCAAAGACCCCCUGGUGCUGGAGCAAGUGAACCUCUACCUUGACAGCUUGGAGCAUGGAGGGCCGGCACAGGAGAGGGCCAUGAUGUGGAUGAGGAGUGGUGAGAGUGACACUGGCCAGGAAAGCAGUGAUGAGUGUCCUCCAGGCCCUGCAAAUGCCUCCUGCACACUGAAGACAACAGGGAAGGUGGAGGUGCUGAUGAGGUGCCUGAUGCUGCUUGUGGCAAUGCUGCACUACCCAGCCCACACCUGGGACCUGCAGCCGUGGCAGAAGUUGACGCAGGUGUUGACCAAAUUUUACCAGGCCUGGGUCCGAUGUUGGUCCUGCUUGGCCUGCAGAAACACCAGGAGUAGGAUACACAGACUGGCUAUGUUGGUGGUGCCUCUGUGGGAACAUCUUGUGUGGAAGGAACCUCCAGCCACCCUGCCCUUGGAGCAGGCCAGGGUCCUCUUCCAUCAUGUGUUUGCUGCUUUCAUAUUUAACUACAAUGAGGAGUACGUGAGUCACUCCCUGUCUGUCCUGCAGGAGAGUGGUCACUUGCAGCUGAGGGAAGAGCUGAUGAGCCUCAUAAACUUCCCAGGAGCUUUCCUGGGGCACUUUAGCCUGCUUGCCAAGAAACGCAGAAAAAAAGUGGAAGGCAUCUCACUAAGGUCUCUGAACCAAGCUGCAUCCCAGUAUAAGAAGGCCAUCCAGCAGAGGCAAAAGAGAGCACAGAACACCUCUAAGGCCGCAACUAUUACUUCAUCUAAAGACAUCGACCAGGAGACUCAAAAAGAUGGACCAUGUGACUCAGAGAAAGAUUUUUGUGAUCAUACCGAAUCUAAUGACAAAGUAGAUGAAAAAUGGGGUCCCAUUGAAGGUAAUAAAGAUAAAGCAAGAGGGAAGCAGAAUGAAGUUCAAGAGAAAGCCAAGUCAGUGGAGCAACAGUGUGAUGAAACAGAUAUAGAAAAACAGAUGGAAUCAACCCAAGAAGAAAGGGAAUCAGAGGCUGUGCUGUCCAGUGCUUCAAUAACAAAGAAAACGUCAAGGAAAAGUAAGAAAAUGUUGGGAGACUCUGAGAAUGUUUUGAAGAAUAAUAAUCAUCACUCUGUUGGAGCAGAUUCUCAGUAUGCCACUCAGGCUGAUUGGUUGAAAGAUUUGCCACUCCCUGAAGUAAGUGGAGAAACUGUUUCAUUAAUGUCAUGUGACAGAAAUGACACAACCAAUCUUAAAACAAAAAAACAAUGCUCAAAAAAAAGGAGCAGUUUUAGAGUCACAUCCAAUCUUAAAACAAAAAAACAAUGCUCAAAAAAAAGAAGGAGCAGUUUUAGAGUCCCAGUAAUGGAUUGGAUUAAAGAUGUACCACUCACUUAUGAGAAUAGACAGUCUAAGACAGAAGCAUCGUUAGAAAGAGACAUCACACCAGUAUCCAAAACCAAGGAUCUCACACUCACAAUCAGGAAGCACCAAUUCAAGAGUAAAAGACAAAAAACCUUAAUGAAAUGGACUGAAGGUCUCCCAUUUGAUACUGAAAAGAUACUAGCUGGCUUAAAGAAAUCACUUCAUGAACACAACACAUCAUAGAUGAACAAGAUAGCUUUAAGUAUCAAUCAAUCUGUGGACAAGAUAGCUUAAGGCCCGGCUCACCCUCUGACACAAAAAAAUUAAUUUAAAAAAAAAGUAUAAAGUCUUUCAACUUAAAACUAUCAGGGUACAAUGUGUAUCUGAUUGUCGACUUUAUGUGAGCAGGAGAAUGUGAUACGUCAUGCCUGCUGAUCGUAUGAUGUCAUAACUUUUUUUUACAUAGAAGCUUUUUCUGGUGUUAUUUUUUGUCAUAGAGACACCUGCUUCUUCAUGGAAAUACUCACAUAGUAUACAAAGAGCAUGUAAGUUUGCUUUUCUUUAAAUUCCCAAUAUGUACUGAGUUAUCGAGGCCGUAAUAAGCACGUUUUGCGCGGUUGCGCCGAUCGCGAUUUUUCGUUGAUAAAAUUUUUUUCUCAAGUUUUUCACUUUAUCGAAAAAAACGAACUUACAUAAUGAAGGGACAGCCAAUAUGUAUCAAUAUGAAAAGUUACUGGAAGUUUCAACCAUUUUUAAAUGUUUGAUAAUUUUUUAAAGUCAACAUUUUUAGUUUUGAGAUACAGGCAUUUAAAGAUUUCAGUACAAUGUAACUUAGCUAUUUAUUUCAUGAUUGGCUUUAUUUUCACAUGCAAAGCUCUUUGACUCAUAUUGAUAAUUUACACAACAAACCAAUGUAUAAUUAUAAUAUAAAAAAUUUAAAAAGUAUAAAAGUAAAAACACUACCGCCCUUGGUGUUGUGUCCAGGUGCCUUGUUCUUCAUCUUCUUUUGCUUUUACCGGCAAAAUGCCUCGCUGCUGGGGUGCCUUCACAUUACCAAGUCCUUAGAGAGAGGUUUUGUUUUACCAGCAAUGAGCGACUUCCCUCUCAAUGGCAAUGCUCACCAAACAGGUAUAGUGUACGUACUACACAUCCAUCGCCCCAAUCCCGGGGCCAUAUGUUUCACCUUCGGCUGCUUUCUUCUCCUCUUCUUCCCGCACUUCCCUUAUUUUCCUUUCUUUUUAUCUCUUCUUAGUUUCUGUUAGUGAUCCAGCUAAUCUCUUCCUGUCCAUCCUCUUCCUUAUUUCCACGGCCUCCAUCCCGCUUUCUCCCACCACCAUCCCUACAGCUGCAGAUCCCAGGUUGAAGCUAAUUACUCCUCUUCUUCUUAGUUAGUGGCAUGGUGUUUAUAUGUGAAUGUUAGAAGGGGACUAACAAUAAACAAGCCAGCUAAUGUAGCACAAAUGCUUUUAUUAGCAAGGUGAACCACAGCGAGCAGUGCAUAACAUCCACUAACUGUGGCUUUGAGGUGACUAAGUCACUCAUUGAGGGGGAAACAGCGAGAGGUGCACCAUGCUGGUGUUGCCAUACAUAUGUCUAGAAUUAUUCACACAGAAGAAAACAAGGAAAAAUUAGCUUUAUUUACAGCAAAACAAGGCUCAUACUUGCGCGCAUCCUUUAAAUGGUUACACCCCUCGGACCUUUAAAUCACCAUGUGGGGCGCGCAAAAAUUUUCCAGCCAUUUAAAUACACGUUCCUAUAUUUGCCUACAUACAUAUACACUUCAAAUCUGCUAUAAUCUCAAUUUUUAUUUUUUUUUUUAUAUUUUUUGAUAUUUCAGAGGGUGAGCCAGGCCUUAAGUACCAAUCAAUGAAUGGAGAAGAUAGCUUAAGUACCAAUCAAUGUGUGGACAAGAUAGUUUUAAGUACCAAUCAAUGUGUGGACAAGAUGGCUUUAAGUACCAGUCUGUGGACAAGACAGCUUUAAGUACCAAUCAGUGUGUGGACAAGAUGGCUUUAAGUUGCAAUCAGUCUGAGAACAAGACAGCUUUAAAUACCAAUCAGUCUGUGGACAAGAUAGUUUUAAAUACCAAUCAGUGUGUGGACAAGACAGCUUUAAGUACCAGUCAGUGUGUGGACAAGAUAGCUUUAAGUACCAGUCUGACAAGACAGCUUUAAGUACCAGUCAAUGUGUGGACAAGACAGCUUUAAGUACCAGUCAAUGUGUGGACAAGACAGCUUUAAGUACCAAUCAGUCUGUGGAAGAGGAAAAUAAUGAAGACCAAAGUGUGACAGGUCCACCAUGUGUGAAUGAUUUGUUGUACAAUAGUGAAGAAGGGGACAUCACCUCAUUCAAAAAAAACAAAUUGAUCAGGGGAAUGAAGCUCCAUCAAGGAAGUGUACAAGAGCAGACAGGAAAUCAAACACUGACAUUACUAGUGAGAGACAGAAAUCAGACAAUAAAAGAAAGGCUGACAGAGUUGAGAAAAAAAAGGAAACUUAAGAGAAAAAGAAAAGUUCAGAUGAAAGCCCAUGUCAUAGUAAAGUAACAGACUCUAGCCCUGCUGCAACUCAAGAAGAAAGUGUUAGAGGCAGCAUCUUGUUGUUUGUCAGGAAACACAUUCAAACCACAGAGAGUGAAGAUAUUGGUGGAAGUGUCAGAGAUGGUGAAUGUGAAAAAGGCAAGAGAGUUCUUAGGAAAGAGAAAAAGCAAACACAGACCAAGAGGGGAGUGAGGGAGGGAGUAGUGGCAUGAACCAAAGAAACAAUAUCAGGCAUGAGGAGUAUGAAGAAAAAGCAGUUAUUUUAGUGUGAAUGAGGAGGACCCAGAAUUCAAAGCAAGCAAGCAUCAGAAAGACAGUCUUUAUAAGGGAGAAAAAGUUUGGAAUUCUAGUUCAGACUUGACCGUGAUGAUCUCAGAACCCAGACAAGCAGGAGUUGGCUUGACAUGGUGGAAGGCAUAGCAAGAGACAGAAGGUGAAGCAGCAGACUCAGCAGUGAGUGUAGCACAUCAGAUCAGAACUUAAGCAUCACCAUCUGCAACCAAGUACAGAGGCUCAGCAACAUCCAAAUCACCCUGUGCUGCACCCCUGGGAGUGAUGGCACCAGCUCCACAAAUAAAGGGAUUAAAGUGGAGGUCCAGUUUUUCGACCAGCAUUCUGUGACUGGAGGUGGAGCUGGCCAGGAUGACUCUGGUGACCUGAGGCAAAGCAUGGAGUCACCAAAGGGCUCCACCCCACACAGGAGUCCACCAAGUGCCAGAAAAUGGAAGCACUUUGAGGAUGAUUCAUUGUAAGGGAGGCAGUUCUCUUGUUUGAGGAAAUGCAGCUUCAGCUGGAGAGGAGGACAAGGCAUAGCCAGUCAUUACCAACUCACACCCAGGUCUUGCUGGCCCUGAGGUUGUUUGCCAGUGGGUCCUUCCAAAACGUCAUUGGAGACACUGCAGGACCUAUGCAAGCAAGCAUCAGCAGUGUCUUCUAGUGCCUGUGCACUGUGUUGAGUGAAAAGUUGGUGCAGGAAAUCAAGAUGCCUCCAGCACACCAUGAUAAAAGGAGAACUGCACAGCAUUCCUUCAGGAUCAAAAAUUUCCCAAGGGUUACUGGGGCCAUUGAUGGCACCCACAUUGCCAUCAAGGCCUCAAGUGUGGACAAGGCCCUCUACUUUAACCAGAAAAGGUAUCACUCCCUGAACAUCUAACUUGUUUGUGAUGCGAAUGGAGUGAUCCUCAGCUAGUGCUCCAGAUUCCUAGCCAAUAGUGGGUAUCCCCUUAAGCCCCAUCUCAUGGUGCCCUUGAGCAACCCCACCACUGAUGCAGAGCACAGACACAACAGGGGCCAUGCACAAACUAGGGUCAUUGCUGAGCAGACCAUCGGGAUGCUGAAGAGUUGUUUCAGGUAAUGAAAAUAACACCUCUUCCUCUCCAAAACGGUAAGAUGUAGAGUAAAACCUGCCUUUGAAAUCAUGAAACAGCUAUAAACAGUUCAUUCCUGUUAUAGAAGUAUGAUAUAUUUUGUAGAUACUCCUUUAUAAGUAAUGAAUCCUCUUGUAGUAUGAAAUCUCACUUUUCACGGGUGCCUGCACUCUUCUGGAGGUAGCUUGUAGUACAGCCCCAUUAAGUGUGUGAAAAUAAUUAAUGCUUGCCUGCUCCUACACAUCCACUGCAUCAAGAGGGAUAUUCCUGUUCCUGAUGAUGUAUGUACUUGUUGCUAUUUUUCUGGUAAUUGACAGGAUAUAUCAAUAUCAUGGACAUUAGAUUUAACCAAGUACAGUCAUGAGUGUUCUUACACUUGUUAGGGUAAUGAAAUUACAACAGACUUACCAGCAGGAGUUGUAUGCCUUCUGCUUGGCUUGGAUGCAGCAGUUGGGCAGGGUGCAGCAGCUGGGUUGGGUGCUGCAGCUGGCUGUGGUGGAGCAGCUGGAUUGGGUGCAAGAGCUAGGUGGGGCGCAGCUGCUGGCUGGGCCUCUGGAAGUGGCUGCAGAACUGCCGCUGGCUGUGGAGCUGGGGGCGCCUGUGGAGCUGCACCUGGAUCCAGUAUGCAAAGUAACAAUGUACAAAUUAGGAUCAAAUAAAUUUGCUGCUAAUCUACUGCAUAAAUACAAGGCAUUUCAUUAUGAUAUUACUUGACUAAUAAAAACAGAGUUGAAAAGUAUGGCACAUAGGAUAAGUGUAUAAUCAGCAUUCAUUGUACUGGAGAACAAAACUGAAUAUGUGUUAACAUGUUAUUCACCAUUGCAUGUCGUCAUCUGUAGCAUGGAUGAUUUGAAAAGAGAUGUCCUCAUCCAGUGCAGAUGACACAACAUUGUCAAAAUCCAGAGGCCCCUGCAGACCCAGCAACACCAGCAGAAGAGGGUUGGAUGGCUUGAACACCACUGCUGGUGGAAGGGUGUGGUCCUUCCAGAGACCCUGACAUGUCUGGCAAAAACAUAAACAAAGUGUUUUCGUUGCUGCAGAUAGAGAAUAAGUUGGUAUUUUUUGAGUGAUGUUUUUAUUGACUAAUUUUUCUUUUAAUUAGCAGUGUGGUGGGAGUGGAAAUGCUGGCAGUGGAGCAGGAAGUGGUCCAUGGUCUCAGAGGAACAGCCCACACCAUGGGCAGAAGGGGUUGCUUUAUCAAAGUUUGUAAACAAUGUCGUGUGACUCCCUUUUGAGGUACGAGUUUUGCUGUCCACUGCACCCCCAACUCUACACCCCAUCCACCAGGGUUAAGGCCUCGGUGUUGGUGAAUCAUUGUCUCCUUGUUUUCUUACGGGGUUCAAUAGCCAUGAUGAAAGGAUUGUGAGGACAGUUGAGUGUAGUGAGUGGUGGCUGUGGGUGCAUGACGCUGAAUCAAAGUUUGUAAACAAUGCCUUAUGACUUCCUCAGUGACAACACAAAGCCUCCUUGUGAUUGGCUGCCUUGUGUGUGACGUCAAGUCAGUGAGCACACUUAGCCGGGUUAGCAACCUCCACCCGCCAACUGCUGCAAUUCUUUGUGGAUACUGUUUCUUAGAGAUUGCAAUGCAGUUGCUGUGGGAGCGGAGUUAUGCCAUUUGCCCAAUCACAGAAUGUUAAGUAGCAACCUGCUGGGGCCAAAUCCCCAAAGCUUGUCACUAGCACAUCCUUAAUAACGAGAUCCUCUGCAACUGACCACUCACAGCAACACCUUAGCGACAUCCAAGCAACGGUAUCCACAAAGACUUGCGGGGGUUGGAGGAUGAGUGUUGCUAAGAGUGCUCAUUGGCUGGUUGGGAUGAUUCGUCACUGACUUGACGUCACAGGCAAGGCAGCUAAUCAUAAGAAAGCUUUGUGUCAUCGCCGAGGGAGUCACAUGACAUUGUUUAGAAACUCUGAUACAACGCCAAGCUUCCACACAGCCAUCUAUCACCAAUCUCUGGUUCUCACUGCAUUAGCCAUGGUCAGUGAACCUCCCACCAAGAAAAGAAGACCUCGCUUCACUGACACCGAGACAUUAGUCUUGGUGGAGGAGGUGGAGAGGCAGGAUGCGGUGAUUGUGGGAAAGCUGGAUGGAAAAAAAUCACCAUAGAUGCAAAGAACAGAGCUUGGCAGGUGACUGUCCUUGUAAAGUCAGUCAGCUGAAUGUCCAGGACACCAGAAGAACUGAGAAAUAUGUACAGGGACUUAAGGAGUCAAGUGAAGGCGAAGGCAGCAGGAGAAGAAUGUCAUGCUGCAGGCACUGGUGGAGGACCUUCUCAAGAAACCUGCUCCACUGGAAGUCCUUUGAAUGCUGUCACCUGCAGCAAUUGUAGGGCUGCCAGUGCCAAAAAGCGAGGAUGCCACUUUGUGAGUGUCUGGCCCCCUGCAAGGCCCACAGCCAUCCACCAGCAGUUGUGGUGGAAUCAUCCAACUAUCAUCUAUUAGUGUUGCUGGGCCCUCUGGAUCUAGUAGUGCUGUGGGGGCAUCAUCUGAAGUCCUCACCCUUGAUGACACAGCUUUUAAAGUCAUCUAUGUUGCAGAUGACAUCACCUAAUGCUCCCAGGAUGCACAUGACAGGCAGCCACUUGCAGCUCUGUGGGUGCCUUCACCUCUGCAGUCAGAUGGAGCUCCCCAGCCAGCUACAGCUCUCCAGUCAGGUGAUGCUCACCAGCCACCUACAGUUUGCCAGUCAGCUGCUGCUUCCCAGCCAUCUGCCUCUCCCUGCCUCUCCCUGCAGCAGCUCCCCAGUCAUCAUCACUGCCAGCUGCCCAGCAAAGAAGGUGCACAACUCCUCCAGGAAUUCAAGUCAUAGGAAGGUGGAAAUACAGAAGCAGGCAGGGAGUUCCAGAGUUUACCAGAGAAGGGGAUGAAUGAUUGAGAAUACUGGUUAACUCUUGGGUUAGAGAGGUGGACAGAAUAGAGGUGAGAGAAAGAAGAAAGUCUUGUGCAGCGAGGCCGCGGAAGGAGGAGAGGCAUGCAGUUAGCAAGAUCAGAAGAGCAGCUAGCAUCAAAAUAGCGGUAGAAGACAGCUAGAUAUGCAACAUUGUGGCGGUGAGAGAGAGGCUGAAGACAGUCAGUUAGAGGAGAGGAGUUGAUGAGACGAAAAGCUUUUGAUUCCACCCUGUCUAGAACAGCAGUAUGAGUGGAACCCCCCCAGACAUGUGAAGCAUACUCCAUACAUGGACGGAUAAGGCCCUUGUACAGAGUUAGCAGCUGGGGGGGGGUGAGAAAAACUGGCAGAGACGUCUCAGAACGCCUAACUUCAUAGAAGCUGUUUUAGCUAGAGAUGAGAUGUGAAGUUCCCAGUUCAGAUUAUAAGUAGAGGACAGACCUAGGAUGUUCAGUGUAGAAGAGGGGGACAGUUGAGUGUCAUUGAAGAAGAGGGGAUAGUUGUCUGGAAGGUUGUGUCAAGUUGAUAGAUGAAGAAAUUGAGUUUUUGAGGCAUUGAACAAUAACAAGUUUGCUCUGCCCCAAUCAGAAAUUUUAGAAAGAUCAGAAGUCAGGCGUUCUGUGGCUUCCCUGCAUGAUAUGUUUACCUCCUGAAGGGUUGGAGGGUUGGGGUGUAACACAUGGUGUUUGGUGGUGGUUAUUUGACAAAUUAAUUAUUUUUGUAUAUUGCUUGUUUCAUAUUGUAACUACUUAGGAAUAAUGAGUGUUAACUCAUUUAGAUAGGCCAAGUGUAUGGUGCACUCUAGCAGGGUCCUGAAGGAAGGUAGCUCUGGGAGGGAGGUAAAGCCGGCAGUCUGUCUGUGGUAUAGCAGCCGUGCACACCUUUUGGAUUUACGAGUAUACCUGUGAUGAUCCCUUUACACCCUGUGAGUGCCAGAGAUUGGUAAGCGUUCGCCUAUUGUAUUUGUAAUAGUUUUAUUUAGGAAUAUAUUAGGAAAGUGUAACUGUAGUCAUUACUUUGUUGUUUGUUGUUAAUGUUAUUGCCUCUUAUUGUAUUUGUUACUUUACAUUACACCUAGAAUUGUUACUUGUGAUAUUUUGAGUUUUGUUUUAUUUCAACGUAGAUUAAGUCCAUAAUUACGUAAUUAAACAUUUAUGCGAGUUUUAUGGGACUCAGAAGGGUCUUUACAGCUCAAGUAAUAAUAUCCAUAGCUUGUUAGCUAGUAUUUUAUUUAUUAUGUACUUGUUAAUGUUUUUCUUUUCUUUAGUGAUUUUUUUUGUUGGACACAUGUGCAUAGGGAUUUGAUAAUUAAUUAAUGUGUUGCCCUAAUGCCUUCAUGUGAACUUUAUAAUUUGUGAAAUACUUGUAAAAUGACAUAUGUUAAUUGGUUAUUGCAUUGGGAUUAAUUAAGGGUCCUUUUGCAGUUAGACCGUUCACUCUUAUGUUUACCCUUACGUUCACCAUAUUGGUCAAGUAAAGCACCACACAAGAAGAAUGAACAAGUAUCACUAACCUGGCGUAGUAAUAUAUCUGGAAGAAAUACCCUUGUCUAACGCCCCUGACUGGUAAACUAUCAUUUACCUGAGUAGCAUGUUAAUAUUAGUACAAUAUAAUACCAAAGCAUUUCUUCACUGUGAUACCUACAGUGCCUGGUGGGCAUUUCUGUAAAUAUGUUUAUUUAUUUAUUUAUUUUAACUUUACAGGCCCUGAGCUAUUCUCAUAUAUGUUGAUAUAUUUUUUCUUUUUCUUGCAAAGACUGGUAAUUGAUAAUAAUUUUUUUUAAAUAAAUCUACAGCACUUUUUUGUA